AUGUCACGUCCGAUUUUGAAUAAUAAAUUGAUUAUCGAAGUCAUAUACCAUAAGGAAGUUUUAUUAAUAAAAAUAAAACAUCAUUAUCAAAUCACAACGUCGUCGAAACGUUCAGCUUCGAAAGCGUUUCAUUACAAAGAUCUGUCAUCGUCAAUGAAAAAACAACGAUAUCACCCUCGAACUUCGGAUCAUUCAAUUGCAAAUUUGAAUAAACAGGUUUUAACUCCAACCUCUACGAAGCAUCAAGAAGUAAUUGAUAAUCAACAAGCUGAAGAAGAGUAUUAUUAUAGUGAAAUGGCUGCAUUUAAUCGACAAAAUGGCAGUACAAGUGAAACGCGAUCUAUUGGCGGCGGAAGUUUAACCGACGAUGAAUCGAAUCUCUCGGAUAAAAUACGAACGAACUUAAUAAUCAACUAUUUACCGCAAACGAUGACCCAAGAUGAAAUUAAGGAUCUGUUCGGUUCGAUUGGUGCAAUUGAAUCUUGUAAACUCGUUCGAGAUAAAACAACAGGUCAAAGUCUCGGCUAUGGUUUCGUUAAUUUCAUUCGAACAGAAGAUGCUGACAAAGCCGUUAAAACGAUGAACGGCCUUCGCUUACAAAACAAAACAAUAAAAGUUUCUUUUGCUCGUCCUUCUUCUGAGUCAAUCAAAUUUUCCAAUCUUUAUGUUUCAAAUCUCCCACAUUCGAUGACUCAGGAGGAACUUGAGAGAAUGUUUGCUGAUUUUGGUUCUAUCAUUUCGUCGAAAAUCCUUUGCAAUCCGAAAGCAGGUGCAUCGAAGAGCGUCGGCUUCAUCCGUUUUGACCAACGAUCAGAAGCUGAAAUUGCUAUUAGCAAGCUUAAUGGCACUACUCCAAAAGUAUUAGAUACGAUUGUGAUGGAUAAUCCUCUGGGAAAGAUCAUCUUUCUCUUUGAGCCACGUUUCACCGAUCCAAUCAAUGUCAAAUUUGCAAAUACACCAAACGCUGCCAAAUCGAUGAUUGGUUUACCGUUAGCACCGUCUUAUUUACCGGGUAUUCCAGCACCACAACAACCCGUUUUGACAACUGUUCCACCUAUUCGUCAACAAUUGAAUAGGUACAGAGAAACACAUGAACGAUCAAAAUAUCGAUACUCUCCAUUGUCUCCGGCGGAUUUCUUUGCUGCAGCUUCCUAUUUACCUGCCGCUGCCGCUGCUGCUGCAUCAGCAACGACAUUGACAUCCUCGACUGAUAUUACAUCGGUUGGUUGGUGUAUAUUUGUUUAUAAUCUCGCACCUGAAACCGAAGAAAGUAUCCUAUGGCAAUUAUUCGGACCGUUUGGUGCUGUACAAAAUGUUAAGAUAAUCCGUGAUUUUCAAUCGCAAAAAUGCAAAGGCUUUGGUUUUGUUACGAUGACCAACUACGACGAAGCACUGAUGGCAAUAAACUCUCUUAAUGGUUUCACACUUGGUAAUCGUGUCUUACAAGUAUCAUUUAAAACAAAUAAACCGAUGCCUAUUCGUGCUUUCUAG